AUGUUUGUCCGACGAGUGAAAUCGGCGGAUGUGACCGCUUCUCUUCAACGUUUUGCAGAUUUGCAUAGGGAUGCUGCGUCUCGUGCUAAACAUCUCAAACUUGUGUUCGACGCAUUAUGUGCUCAGGAAAAACGACAAUUUAUGGACGAUUAUAGUUUUGAGACUUUUCAUUUGGUUGACGAAUUAUUAUUACAAGCCAAUUUAGCGCAAACAGGUCAGGCCGUAAUUGAGGUCGAGUCAGCGCUUUGGACGCUCGAACAACUUUUAUGCUAUGCACCAGAGCUUAUCGGAAGUGGUUGGCAAAAAAAUGCGAUUGAAGCCAUCUUGAGAAAGGCCUUGUUUCCUUACAAUCUAUUAGUCGUUCGCAAAAUUGCCAUCCGAUUAUUUCUCAUGUGGUACCAAAGUCUAGCGAUGUUUGACAAUACUAGUAUGCAGAACGAUUUUGUAUUCCAGUGUCUUCUGCCAAAUUUUCCUUUAAAAAACGAUAAGUCAACAGAGAACUUAUUAUUAUUAUAUUGUCAGUCUGCGGAAGCUGGAAACGGUCCGGGACCAAGUCGAAACGUUCCCUUGGUUGCAAAUACAAACGAUGUUGUGCCCUCUGUAAAAGAAAAAGCUCAGUUGCUUCAAGUUUAUAUGGACAAAUUCUUGGAGUACUGCACUCGUGAAACAGUGCGAAUCGAAUGGAAUGAUGAAGCCAAACGCUUACAAUGUGCAAAGUUCAUCUUGGAUCGUGUUAUUGUUUUAUAUAUUUAUGAAGUUUUCCCUGACAUUGAGACCAGUGGUGUUGACAUUUAUGGUGGCUGGGAAAGUAGCGAAGAACAUAUUGAUAUUCGAGAUACUGCUGACCCAAUUGUUAUUGCUCGUUAUUGGCUUAUUAGGUGGAUGACAUCAGUGGCAUCAAAUCGAAAAGAUCCCUUGUUAGGCAAUCAUUUAUACCAUCAAGCACUGUUUUCUAGUCGAAAGGGAACUAAUACUCUUCUUACAUUAUUAAAAGAAGCAAUAAUAUUGCCACUGCCAUGUUCUAAUGUGAUUCACAAGGUCUUUUCGCUGAUAAAUCUCUGGUUAUUGCAACGAGAUUUACCACCUUUUAUUGGCAAACCGGGAAUCUCAACAGAAUCUUUUUUUCUACUUCUCAUUCACUUUUUAACUUCGUUUUUUCACAGUCCAUAUUUGAUUACUUGUGGUGAUCGUCUUUCUUCCGCUGUUGCACUUACUCAUAAUUUAUUACAAACAAUACGAGAUCUCUGCAGUUCUUCAUCUUCUCUGCCAUUCGAAUUUUCCGUCAGUGUUUGGUGUGAUUUAAUCCGAAGUUUGGCGGAUGGAAUCCGAACAGUCUCGAGCAGAUCAGAUGCAUUUGGACGAGCAACAUCUGGACUUUUGGUGCAAAAUCUUCUCUUUGUUGUUAUCUAUGUUCAGGCCAUUAGGGAAAUCGAGAUAGAUGAUCGCGUUUGGGAUGAUAUAUUGAUAGUAUUUCAAAUGGGUUGUUGGAUGAAUAUGAUUGAACAAUGGAGUCGUGUGGUGGAUAGCAUUACAAGAGCGCUCAUUUUGAAUAUAUUUGAAGUCGACGUAGCUACGCCAAAUAAUGUACAACAGAAUGUACUGAAGAAUUUACGACGUGAAAAAAGUGAAGAAAUAAAAAUUGAUGAUGAUGGAUCAUUUGAAUUAGGUUCUGAAGAUAGCCGCUCCGAGACUGAAAGUUCAGUUGAUGAUGAAAGCAUAUAUAUGAACUCAAUUAUUCAGAGGAAAGGUGAUGGUUUUGUUUGGCUACGCGUUUGGAUGCGAGUCAUAAAUCUCGUUUCUCCAUUGCAUGCCGCGCAUACGCAAGUCGCUGUUCAAACUAUAUCGAAAACGAUAAAUACAUUACUUCGUGUUAGUGGUACGGAUGCACUUGUGCAUUGGCUUUCUAUUCGGCUUUUCUUAUUGCCGACAUCAGCUCAGAUAAACUGCAUUCCUGCAUUUUGUUCUGUUUUAUCUUCCUUAGAUCCUCCACUUUUAUUGCAAGCAUAUGCUAUAUUGGCAUUGACUAACGCAGUUAAUUUUGAACACGGUGCUACGUUACUUGAUUAUAUGCCAUCAAUGUCACACGAACAUCUUGCCUCUUUGGCCCAUCCAACUUUGAAUUGUCUUGCAAAAUUAGUUUCUCAUUUGAAUUAUUCACCAAGAAGCAUACAGGUCGCUGCACUACUUUCUCCUGACCAUGAAGCUGCAGAAUCUCUUCUCUUAGAUGUAAUUAGCUCAAAUUCUGCUGAAAUUAGUCAUCAAGCAUACUCAUUAGCUCUCAAUGCGCUGGCUUUAUUAAUUAUCGAGCGAGCGGAUACGAAUUUAAUGAUGGAAGUUUUAAAUAGAUUGCGUCGUAUACAUGCUAGUGGUCCUCUCAUUUACCUUUUUUGUUCUAAUUUGUAUCAGUUAACUUAUCUUGGUCAGCACAGUCAAUUGACUUCUUUAUUAGAACAAUCAUUGGAAUUGAUAGAAGAUCAGCGUCUUGUCGGUGAAUUAUUAUGGCGUAGUGUGGCCAUCAGUCUUUAUAGUGGCGAAGUGAAUCCUCCAAUGGUCAAAAUAAUAUUACAUCAAAAAUAUCCUUGUCUGGAAGGUUUUCUUAUAAGAUAUUGCCGUCAGUUUCCUUUUCCUUCUUUCUCACUUUCGCAACUGAAUUCACUGGAACAUAAUUCGCGUUCUAGCAGUAAUUCUGCCGAUGGAGAUCAAGUUUUAUCUAAAUACAUAUUUAUUGAUCAGCAAACAGCUAUUUUAAGCAUUGAUCAUGAAGACGAAUUGCGGAUAACAAGUAGAACGUCAAUUGGAAAGCACUGUUGGAUAUUCACUGAAGAAAAAAAAAAUUCCGUUACCAACUCAAAUAUCAAUAAAUGGUUGCAAAAUUUGGCAUCCAGACCAGCAAAGCCAUGUAAUCAUAUUUCCGAUGCGAAAGAACUGAUGGAUGAUCCAUUUCAGGUACCGCAAUGUCUAAAAAAACUACCGCAGUUGCCUCGCGCUUUAGAAACUGAUUCAACAGAUUGCAGUGAUAUGUAUUCAUUUAUUCAACAGAAUCAGCGAAUUCCAUCAAAAAAAAGCAUAAUUCAUCCACCGCUGCAUAUGAAUGAUAAUCAAAUAGAAUCAGUUCCACAAAAGUUUUUGCUCUGGCGUUCAUUGGUUUCUAAUUUUUACAUGAUUGGUGAUGCUCGUCAAGUUCCUUCAAAUUUUGCUCGCGAUUUACGGCAUCUUGAUCAAACUUCGUCACGAGAAUUUCACAAAGUUGCUGUAAUUUAUGUAGCCAAAGGACAAGAGGAAAAGAACGCUAUAUUAAUGAAUACCUCUGCUUCGGAUUCUUUUAACAAGUUUAUCGAUGGGUUAGGUUGGCCAGUUCAAAUAUCCAAACAUUUCGGUUAUGCUGGGGGCCUUAAUGGCGAAAUUAUUGCUCCAUAUUAUUCAUCCGGCGAUACAGAAUUAAUCUUCCACGUCAGUACAAGGCUUGGAGGUGAUGUAACUCAAAAGCUAAAACAUCUUGGUAAUGAUGAAGUACACGUUGUAUGGAGUGAACAUGAUCGACCGUAUCGUCGCGACACAAUAGCAACCCGAUUUUGUGAUGUACUUAUAGUUCUUUAUCAAAUGUCUCCUUUAUUAGUGCGAGUUAGCAUCGAAACUCAACGACCGCUUGAAUUCGGUCCAUUAUUCGAUGGCGCGCAUGUUCACCUGAUACAGUUGCCUUAUCUUGUUCGUGAUACCGUCAUAAACGCUUCAAGAGCCUAUCGUCUAACGCAACAAGAUUGCGCUCGACCUCUUCAACAUCGUCAAAAAGUUUUCAUGGACGCGCGAAGACAUUUGGCCAUUUUCAGUCCUUCUGCAUCUAUUUCACAUGUUUAUUCGCCAACGUUAAAGUCAUAA